UGUAUGAAGUAUUCAGCGUCUAGUCAAAAAUAUGAAAAGUGAAAAAUGCUUCGCGCGAACGUCGAAGACUUUUGUCCCUCCUCAUUCGCCGUACCAAAAACUAAAAAACGUGCGAUGUUGUGGCUGAACGAGAACUCGGUUCUUUGAAACAUCUGCGGCGUUUUGAAAGCACAUUUAGGCGAAAUACUUUUCUGAAGACCUCAUGGCCCCCACAUUACGGUCUAUACGCCUCUGAAAUCUCUCAAAUAUCAACCUCAACUGUCAAGCUAACGGCUAAUAAAGCCCGAGAAGUGUGUGUGUGUGUGUGUUGGUGGGGGGUGCGCGUUAAACCCCAAAACAACCGCGUCGCGCGCUGCUUAUUGAGCUUCAGACACUCAACGGUCCGCGUGAAGGCUCGUCUGCGAACAUGUCGGCCCCGUCCAGCGACACGAGGAAGCGGGGCAAGAAGCGGUACGCGGGCGGCGGACAGGGCAAGAGGUGGAAGGGCUCGCGGGAGCUGGAGGUGGGCAUGAAGGGGAUCCUCAUCACGUGCAACAUGAACGAGAGGAAGUGCACGGCGGAGGCCUUCAACCUGCUCAACGAGUACGCCGACGAGCUCUUCGGGCCCGAGAAGUUGCAAGAUAAAAAUGGGAGCAGCAGUGAAGAGGAGGAGGCUGAUGAAGAUAUUGAAGCAGCGCUGAAGAAGGAGGUGGCACAGCUGAAAGCAUCUGGAGUGAAACAGGAGCGGCGCUUCCAGGCUUUGGUCAGUGGAGCAAACAAUGUCAUCUUCAUCAAAACCAAAAAUCUGGAAUCCGACAAGCUGGUUCAUCGCAUCCUGGCUGAUCUCCACGCCACCAAAAAGAAGAAGUCCCGCGUGAUCCUUCGGAUGCUGCCGGUGACUGGAACAUGCAAGGCCUUCCAGGAAGACAUAGUGAAGUACCUGACUACUUUCCUGGAGCCUUGGUUCAAAACCCCAAACUCUGGUACUUACCAGAUCGCCUUCAAGGCUCGCAACAGCACCCACAACAAGAGAGACGACAUCAUCAAAGCAAUUGCAGGUGUCGUGGGGAAGCUGAACCCGAAGAACAAGGUGGACUUGACCAAACCAGAACUGACGAUCAUUGUGGAGGUCAUCAAGGCGGUGUGUUGCCUCAGUGUGGUGAAAGACUAUACCCUGUAUAGAAAGUACAAUGUCCAGGAAGUGGCCAAAGAGGACACGCCGACGCCCGACGGGACCACGGCGCAAACUGACACGAGCACAUCUGAGCUGAAGGAGGCGCACAACGCAGAGGGGGCGACCAAUGAGGAGGCGAAGAAGGAGGAAGCGACCAAAGAGGAGGCGAAAAAAGGCGAAGAAGAUGACGACAACAAUGUGCCAGAGGACAACAAGGAAGUCGAUGAGGACGAAGGUUACGGGAAGUGAUGGCCCCUCGUUUGGGAACAGUUUUUGGGAUUGUCAGUUUCACAGUCGGAUUCUUUUUUAUUUCUAAAAAAAGGGGGGGGGAGCUAAUUUUAAGGUGCAUUUUGUUGACGUGUUUUUGUUUUAAAUGAAAGGUUAAAAGCACACAAAAAGCUUGUUUCUUUUUUUUACAACUUUAUCCACGACUCGGCAAAGGUUUUCAUUAUAUUUGUAAAGAUAUGACACGUUUGUGCAAACUCCCUCGAGAUGUCCACUUUUAAACAAAAGGGCAUUUUGAAUUAACUGUACAUGUCAUUACUUUGCAGCUUAACUGACAUCCACUUUUUUUAAAGCUGAAUUUUAUUUUUAUUUCAAUGUCAUUACAAAAAAAAGAGUGGUUCUGUUUAACUGGCGUGUCAUAUUUCGUAACUCUGCAUUUUCAAACUGUUAUUUCCUGAAGCAGUCCAUAAAUUAAAGUUACCUGUGUGUUUGAA